AUGUCGCUCGUCCGUCGUUUAUCCCUCAGAUCGGUGCUUAACGCUCGCCGUUACCGAUCCUCUUACCCUUGUCACAUCCUUCUUCAUUCCCGUCGUGACGAUGACGAACAAACUACACACAAAUCUCCAGAAAUUCGAAGUUACCACGGUUUCAUUCACCACCGGGGCUCCUUAACUAGUGGCUGCUCGGGUCUCGAUCGCAAUCGCUCUCCCUUUCAAUCUCCAGCGAUUGCGUCCGAUCGAACCAUUUCGACCUUCAGUUUCUCUGGUACGAGUGGCACCGUUGAAAUCCUCGCCGAUUGGGUUUUGAAAUCUGCGGUUUCUAAUGUCCAUGCCUUACACAAUGUUGCUGAUGCUCUUGCUUCUCUUCAACACUUGAUUGCUUUGCUUCAUUCUCUCACAUUUUCUCAAUGGUGGGUGUGUAUCAUUGUCACAUCGCUUUUGAUUCGUGGAGUGACGAUUCCGGUUAUGAUUGAUUGGCUAAACAACAUUGCUAAGUUUUUUAAUAGUCUUGGCUCGCACCAUGCUUCAGCGCAAGGAGAGGUUCUUGACAAGGUGUCACUUUUGAGUAAGAGUCGAAGCGUAAUGUACACCAUGUUGGAAAAGGAGUUUCUUGGAGUGAAAGGAACAAUCUUUGGUAAGAGCGUUCAAGUUCCCAUCUUCUGGCUCUCCGUGGAAGAGUUAAAGCAAAACAUGGCCGGGAUUCUUGUGUCGUGUCUUCGCGGUAAGACAUUCUCAGCGGAGCUGAUCAAGAACGGAGUCUUAAGCAAAGGACGACUAGUGGUGGUUGUUGGCGACGGAUUCGGCCUUGAAAUCCAAAUGUUUGAUCUUGAUUUCUCUCUUAUCCUCAAGCGUCGUGAGGAUCAGAAAGAGGUUCAUAAACACUACCAAUAG